UCCCAGGAAGAGCUACAGGAAUAUUGCAGAUGCUCUGGGAUUACAUAUGUGGCUCUUGUGUCUGAUAAAGAAGGAAGUCACGUAAAGGUGAAAUCCUUUGAGAAGGAAAGACAGACGGAGAAAAGGAUUUUAGAAUCUGACUUAAUAGAGCACCUGGUCCAGAAGCUGAAAACCAAAAUCUGUGAUGAAAGAUGUAGUAGAGAAACCUCAGAUAAUCUCUCAGUACAAAAUCAAAAGGGAUCAUUUGCUAAUAUUUCAGGUGUGUUUGACUCCCAUGGAACUCUUAUAGUGCCUAAUGUCAGUGUUAUAGCCCCGGAAAAAUUAUCUGCCAGUGCCAGACGUCGUCAAGAAAUUCAGGUACAAACAAGACUUCAGACAUUCAUUUCUAACCUGCAACAGAAAACCAGUGAGAUUGAGAUUUUAGCGGUAGAUCUGCCAAAAGAAACUGUGAUACACUUCUUGUCAUUAGAGUUUGACAGAGACAGACAAACCUUUGAUGCUACUGUGAGCCAGCUGAUGUCACGGUGGCCAAAACAACGAUCCUCUUAUCUGCAAGCAAUUUGUGAUGAAAUUUACAGCAUCAAAAUGGAAAAGAGGGUUCCUGCGCUUAUCCUGUACAGUUACCGAGACGAAUACAAGGUUUUGUUUUAGUGCUGCAAGCAUCCUCUCCGGGCUGCUUCAACUAAAGGACAGCAGUAUUUUUGCA